AUGGACGUCGCCGCAGAGUUAGAGAAGCGGAAACAAGAGGUGCAGGCGCUUCAGGACGUCGAAGUCCCAAAGAAGAUGAAUGUCUCUGUGCAAAUUGCACAUCUUCGUUCCGAAAUCAUCGGGAGCCAACAGGAGUCUAUUUUGCUGGCUGAGCUGAACACGGUGGCAAUGUUCGCGAGGUAUGAACAGAAGGCCCAUGCUCAAAAAUACAUCAAGCGAUGCAUGCCAAUCCUCGAAGCGUAG